CUAACCAGCAUAUACGUUUUUUCAACAGGGAACAUGUUUGGGCAUGCUUAAAUAUGUAUUAUAUUUUAUACAUACAUUCCCAUUCAAAAGUUUGGGGUGAGAUUUUUGUUUUGUUUUUAAAGAAAUUCGUUUUAUUCAGCAAGGAUACAUCAAAUUGAUCAAAUGUGAGUUGUUACAAAAGAUUUAUAUUGCAAAAAAUAUACAUUUAUAUUUUGUUCUUUUGAACUUUCAUAUUCAUCAAAGAUCCCUGAAAAAAAAUGUAUCACGGUUUCCACAACAAUAUCUUUCUUUGAAAUAAAUGCUGUUUGGUCUCAGAAUACCUUUUGGGACCACUUGUUGAAGGACUUUCAGGUUCAGUUCUCACAAAAGACAGCUAUAAACCACAGACAACCACAUACACUCCUCUAAACACACGCUCUGAGCUUGUCUGUCUCUUAAUCCUGUCACACAUUCCUAAGUUAGUACUUUUCCAGCUGUGGCUCCCUGCUGUACCAUGUCUGUCCAGUAGGUGAUUUACAGUGUUGUAUGCUGUUCAAACAGACGUUCACCAGCACUCUCAGUCUUUCUGGUUCCUUGUAAGAGUGUGGAUAUGAAAAUGGCAGUGCUUUGCUGUACUUCCAUGCAGCUCUUGCUGGUGGCACUCGCCGCUCUGGCUGGGAUUUGUCUGGGAGGGUCCGACGGGCCCCGAGGGGUGGCUCUUCCUUUUGUCUUUGACCCAAAAGCAACGUGCGACCCACCUUGCAGACAUGCUGGGAUUUGCAUCCGAAACAACACCUGCUUCUGCUCAAGAGGAUACGAGGGAGAAACCUGCCAAUAUGCAAACUGUUAUCCAAAGUGUAAAAAUGGAGGAGUGUGCCUUCGACCUGGAAAAUGCAGAUGCCCUUCAGGAUUUGGAGGAAAAUACUGUCACAAAGUGGUGUGUGACAGUGGCUGUUGGAACGGUGGUGAAUGUAUUGCUGUGAACGGAGAAGCAAAAUGCAUCUGUCCAUCCAGCUGGACUGGCUCCAGAUGCCAAGAUGCGAUCUGUCCACAGGGAUGCUGGAAUGGGGGCAGCUGUGUGGCUCCUGGAAUUUGCAGCUGUCCAGAUGGAUGGAUAGGCGGAGCCUGCCACACAGCUGUGUGUAAAAAGCGGUGUAUGAAUGGGGGGAAGUGUGUGUCUCCUGACACCUGUCGCUGUCGAGCUCCGUUCUCAGGCCCGCAGUGCGAAGAGAGGAAGAAGCUCUUCUGAUGUCAGAACAGUGUGUGACCUCUGACCUCAUUGGUCCCUCAAAUUGGUGCUAAAGUUACUUGUUUGUUUGUUGAACCUAAACUGAACAUGUGUGAAGUGUGAUGUUUUCUCUACAUUAACAUUGUACAUUAAUGACAUUAUGACUUUUGUAUUAUGAAGUAGUGUGUUUAAGAUAACUGUUGAAUUUCCUUUAGCGUACACUACAACUAAUUAAAUAAAGUUAAAAUCAAAAUUG